GUCUGGAAGCUCAGGAUGGAGCCUGGAGGUGAAAAGGUUUUCUGGAGCUUCAUGUUCCUGCUGGCAGGAGCCGCGGCCCAAACGACCCGGUACCACUUUGGAUCCAUUUGUGCAGUGAAAGGAUCGACUGCCGUCCUGCCCUGUUCCUUCACUCCUAGGAAAGAUUUCCCUCAUGGAGGAAGACGGAUUCCUCUGAGGAUCGUCAGAGUUCUCUGGUGUAAGAACCAUGAGAUCUGUCAGGGAACGACUCCGUCUGUUUACGACAGCAACUCAACAGCCACAGAGUCUCGAUUUCAUUACCUGGGCAACAUGGAGGCAAAUUGCACUCUGCAGAUCAGAGACAUUCAGAUGGACGACAAGGGAACCUUUAGAUUCAGGAUGGAAGCAAAUAAUUCUGAGGGACAUUUUACAAACCAGACUGGAGUCAAAAUCUCAGUGGUUGAUUCGAUCAGAAUGCAGAUAAAGAGCUCCAGCAACAAAUCAGAGGUCAGCAGAGGUCAAACUGUCUCCCUGCAGUGCAUCACUUCUACCUGCACCUUCAAACACCUGGAGGUCACCUGGAGGAAAGAUGGCCACGCCCUCCCAGGGAACGGCUCGGCCCUCCAGCUCGGCCCUCUGAGCGCAAAGGAUUCUGGGAACUACAGCUGUGCUCUGAGGAGGAACAUGGAGACCCAAUCAGAGCCGUUCAGCCUGCAGGUGGAGGAAGAGGAGGAGGUGGAGGAGGAAGAGUCUAACCUUCCUCUGGCUGCUGCUGGGACGUUUGGAGUCCUGCUGGUGGUCACCACCCUCAUCAUCAUCUUCAUCAUCAAAAGGAAGCGAACAGCAGCAGGAAGUCCAAACGUCAUGAGAGGAGACAUAGAGAUGAAGACUGAUCACAUCUACAGCAGCAUCCUGCCGCCGCUUCAGCAGGAAACAGGAAGUCAGAAACAGGAAGUAGGGGCUGAGGAGCUCAGCUAUGCUUCGGUCCAGUUCAAACACAGCAAACUGGAAAGAAAAGCAGAAGAAGAACCGGAUCCGACCAUCUACUCUUCGGUAGCCACCAGAGGAUGAGGUCACGACCCGUGACCUCCCAUUUCAGUGUGGCUGUGCUGAAUCCACCGACAACACCUUCUGGUUUCUGUUAGAGCUGUGCUGCAGA